AUGGCGAAAGCCAGUCAGAUAGUUGCGGAUUCGACCAAACAAAGUCGAGAUCUAACAGGAGAACGUUUAACGCGUGCAUUUGAACGCAUUUUCAGUGGAACGGAAGAAGUUGCUACUUGCAAAAACAUCCAAUCAUCUUUUAACAGAUCUGGUUUGGUGUGUAGGUAUAUCGCCGGAGAAUCCAAGAUGUUUGUAGACUUGAGUAGUGCGUCUGACUUUGUCGCAGUGUACCCUGAUACAUUUGAAAGGGUCAAAUGUAACCAGGUUUUAUUUCGCCAAUUGUCUGCCCCAGAUAACACUUCUGAAAGAGUAACGUUGAUCCAGACACCGAGAAGGCAGUUUAAUGCUGCCUUACUGUUUUCUGAGAUUGAAGAAAAGUUGUUCGACCUUUCAAAUGUCGGAAUCGAUGUGCAAGCUGUUGUAUAUUCAUUAAAUUUACUAAAAGAAGUAAACUUGGGGAGAGAGUCAGUGUUUCCGAUACUCAAGUAUACAAUGAACAUCACCAACAAAGACAAAACCAAAACUCCAAAACCGAAAAGUGCAUUCACAAAGCAGAAAGUCGAAACAACCAACAAGAAGAGAACGAACGGAACCAAACCGAAAGUUGCCAAGUAA